UCCCAGGGAUAUGUCAUCAUCUCCAUCAGGCAAUGAGCCAGAGGCAGGCGUACAUCUUGGACAGAGCCUCGAAGGAUGUUGUGCACAUGCGCGCUGUGGAAUCCACCGGAGCGCCAGAGGUAGUGAAGGCAGUCCUAAUGGCGGAGAGCGUACGGUCGCCUUUUGACUACCGGGAGCCACCGACCCUCGACAGCGACGGUGAUGGGAGCAAGCCGCCACCGCCACGGGGCCGCGUGUGUGGGAGAAAAAGGAAGGGGACACCUGUGAAGGUGUGCGAUCGAGCGUAUGUAACAGAAGAUGAGGAGGAGGAGAGCAUGUCAGAGCACAGCUACAGCCCGGGUGAUGGCCCGUACCCCGAAGGGGCCGAAGACCGCCUCCCUCCCCCUGGUAGUCCCUACUACCUGUCUGACCCCACUCAGCUCUGCGUUCCUGAGCUGGGUGAAGAGGGCGCGAGCGGCGUCCGGGGUCCCGUGCUCUUCCACCCGCCCCCCAACUGCCGGAUUCGGGAAGUCCACUGCGGCACCCAGGUGCGGCUGGUCGUCAUAGCGAUCCGCGACAUCGCGAAAGGGGAGGAGAUAACUGUGGACUACAGCCUGACGGACUGGGGGGAGAACGCACUGGAGGAAGAGGCUGGCCCUCACCCGCUGUCCCUCUCUGUGUCCGAUUACCUCACCCCCUCCUGGUCACUGUCCCCCUCCUCCUCCCCGCUCACCCACUCGGAGCCCAGCGACUCCGACCGGGAGGAAGACGAAGAGGAGGAGGACGACGAUGACGACGACGACGACGAAGAGGAGGAGAUCGAGGAGAUAAGGGGCCGCAUGCUCCGGCGCCGCAAGAAGCGCAAGCUGCCGGCGGCCGUCGACUCCAAGAAGAAGAGCGCGCCCGCCUCCUCCAGGGGACCCGGGCGCCCCUGCUCCUCCUUCUCCCGCCCGGGGCCCGUGGCGCCCCCAGCUCGGUCGCAGGGCCCCAUCAGCCCCCUGGCGCACCCCACCACCAACAUAAACAAUAACAUCAACAUAAACAUCGGCAGCUCCGGCGGCGCCGCGGUCAGCCGGCGGCAGCACUGCCCGUACUGCGGCCGCCACUUCCGCUCCCUGGCGCGCCACCUGGAGAAGUACCACGGCAACCAGCCGGAGGUCAGGACCGCCAUGGAGCUGGCCCAUCUGCACUCGCACAGCUCCUCCAACGGCAACGCGCCACACCCCUCCUCCUCCUCGUCCUCCACCUCCGCCACGCACGGCCAUUCCUUCGCCAUCCCGCAGUCCUCCGCCUCCAACCCGGCUCCGCCCUCGCUCUUCUCCCGGGAGAGGGAGUCGCCGGCGACGCGCUCCAGCACCGGCAACGUCUCGUUCUCCCUCUCUCUUUCGCCGCCGCCGUCGGCUCCGCCCGCCGCUGCUGCGAAGAAGGGCCCCGGCUUACCGCUGCCGGCGGCGAAGCUGUCGUCUCCGCCUCCGCCGCCGCCGCCGCUGGUCCCUCGGGUGAAGAGUCCGUCUCCGCCUCCGACCUCUGCCCCAAAAAGAGGACGGAGGAUGAAGAAGGAAAAGCACGAGGAGCAGCAGAAGGUGGAGGCGGAGAGGACCCAGGAGGAGCUGCUGCCGCCUCCCACCCCGGAGCCGGAUAUCGAUCCGGAUGAAGAGCUGGAGCUGAGCGGAGGGGAAGACAACGCGCCACAGAAGAACGGAGAAGUUGUAAGCACACACAGACCGCACAUGUCUCCCCUGCUCUCCUCCCUGUCGUGUUUAAUCAACUACCUCCGCCACCAGCAGCACUCCUCCUGCCUCUCUCUGACUCGGUCUCCUCACUCUGCCGAGGCCUGGCGCCUCCUCUGCCACUCCAGCCUCUCCCUGCUCAUCCUCUACAACCGACACCGGGAAUGCGAGGUGGCCAAGCUCACCAUCCAGGACUACCGCGGCCGGACCACGCCGCAGGCCGCCUCCGGCGCCAGCGCCCCCUCCGCCAUGGAGUCUUUCCUGUCCCCCUUCGAGCGGCAGGUCCUGUGUCACCUCCCGCGGGCGGGCGUCCUGGGCAAGCGCGGCCGCGUCCAGCCCCUCAUUCUGCCGCCUCACUGCGAGUCCUGCCUGGACCUGCUUCUCCGCACCAGCCCCAACGUGGGCGUGGACCCCGAGAGCCCCUACGUCUUUUCCCGGCCGUACCACUCGCCUGCCACCCCGCUCCGCGGCACGGACCUCCUGAGGAACUUGGCCCGGGCGAGCGGGGCCAAGAACGCCGGGGCGCUGACGGCGACGCGCGUGCGGCGGCAGGUGGCCAUCCUCACCCAGCUGCUGCUGCUGGACGAGGGAGAGGCGCAGGGAGCGGCCGUCAAGCGGCUGGAGGACUUCCUGGAGCAGGAGUACCACGUGACGCAGAGCUGCUCCUCCAUCAAACGAGACCCGGCGCUGAUGAGUCGAGUCGGACGCGUCGUUCUCUACGGAGAGAGGGAGGGCGUGCUUUUCAAGGGGAUGAGCCUGCAGGACAUUUGCCUCGAGUUGGACGUGAUGUCGGGCAACUCGGGAGACUCGUUCUCAGAAGAUUCGGAGGCAGAUGAAAAGAAGGAAGAUGUCAAGGUGAAGACGGAGGUGAUGGUAAAGAAGAAAGGCCCGGGCCGGCCGCCGAGGAAGAAACCCGCACCCGUUCCCACGCCCACUGUCAGCCCACCUGUAGCUAACGCCCAAAAAAGGAGACCUGCUCCAGUUAAAUCAGGAAAACGCGGCGUGCUGAAGCGGCCCUGGUCCGAGGCGGAGCGCGUAGCUGUGGAGACGCACCUCAACAAGAACCUCCUGGAGCUGCGAGUCCCCGCCAAGGCGGACUGCGAGCGCUGCCUGGAACUCUGCCCCCUGCUGGUGAGCAACCAGCGGGACUGGAGGGCCAUCAAGUUUUACGUCCACAACCGGAUCCAGCUGCUGAAGAAGCAGGGGAGGAGAGAGAGCGCCGCUGCGGUCAGCUAGAGCGAACGAACGCAGAUACCAUUAAUGUAUAAACCACCAGCAGUCGGGAUGAACUGUGGCUCAAGCCCAGAGGAGCAGCGCCUGAAGUUUUAGUGGGUUUUUCCAGGUCUCAUGGCUCUGGUUAUAAGGGAGUAGUGUAAUAAAAGUGAUUAAGCUACAGUAUGAGGAUAGAUUGGAUGGAAAUAUGAAACGUCCUCUCUCUUGCUUUCUGUUUCAGUCGCUUUUGGACAAAGUGAGAUUGGGCACAGAGAAUGCCUUUUUCAUUGUAUUUUCUGUGUCCUCUUUACUUUCUGUUGGUGAGAUAAAAGUCGAGAACCUACGGGAGAAACAAGUCUGUGACGUAGACGCACAGCAGACGGCCCUCGAUCGCUUUGCUCUCGCUCAAUGCUGUUGACCAAACAUGAAUGUGUAAAGCUUUGGGAGAGCAGACAAGACUACAUGGACUCGUACCAUCAACCUGUACAGUAUGUGUUUGAUGCUCUGUGUGUGUGUGUUGGCGGGAAAAAAAAAAGUAUUCUUCAGUGUCCCAGACCAUGAUGCACCCGUUUUAAGUGUUUCCUGCAUACCCGUAUACCAUCGUCAUAGAUUAGUAUGUGUCAAGGCACGUCUACUUGAAUCCACUGAGUAUCAUUUUAAAGAAAUAUUAUGUAUUUCAGAAUCAACAUAUGAACUUUUCCACGCUGUAAAUAGUUCCUAAUCUAUAAAAGUAUGGGGUUGUGAUAGCAAAGUUGGCAGUGUCUCUUUGUGUACAUAAACUGUAAAUAUUACCUGUACUUAUUAAAAUGUAUGACAUUUUGUUGUGUUUUCCUAAACUGCGUUGUAAAGUGAAUUUUACAUUGUGAAAAAUGGCAAGACAACAUAGAGAUGACAAACUUGGUAUGUUUUCUUUUUUUAUUAUUAUUAUUUAUUAAAAAGUGAGAAUUUGUUUUCUAACAUUUUUCAGGUGUGGAUAAGUAUGGAAAAUGUUUUGUUUCAAGAUUUUACUCCUUAUUCUACAGGCCCGUAAAAAUAAAUCAGAAUAUCAUCA